GAUUUGGUGAGCAUCUCGCACCUCAACGAGCCGGCGAUCCUCCACGUGCUGCGGCGCCGCUUCGAGGCGAGGCGCAUCUACACGGCCGUCGGCGCCGUGCUCUGCGCCGUGAACCCCUACAAGGAGCGGCCCCAGCUCUACGACGGCGCGGCGCUCGAGCGGUACCGGUCGGCCGGCGAGGCGCGCGCGCGGGACCCCGCGGCGCCGCGGCCCGCGCCCCACUGCUUCGCCGUCGCCGACGACGCCUACCGCGCCGCGACGGCGCCGUCGGCGCGCCGCGGGCCCCGGGACCAGAGCGUGCUCAUCUCGGGCGAGUCCGGCGCGGGCAAGACGGAGACGACCAAGUUCGUCAUGCGCUACCUGUCGCACCUGAGCGCGUGCGCCGACGGCGCCGCGUCGUCCCUCGAGGACGCCGUGCUCGCGUCGAACCCCAUUUUGGAGGGCUUCGGCAACGCGAAGACGGCGCGCAACGGCAACUCGAGCCGCUUCGGCAAGUGGAUUUCUCUGAAAUUCUCCGACCGCGGCAAGCUCGCGGGCGCGCGCAUCCGGACGACGCUCCUGGAGAAGACGCGCCUCGUCGCGCGGGCGCCGGGCGAGCGGGGCUACCACAUCUUCUACGAGGCGCUC